ACAACAAUGGUAGCGUUCACCGUGUACAAGUCGUCCAAGUACCUAUUCGAUUGUGUGUCCUCUACGGACUCAGCGCCGUCACAGCCGUAUCCAACGGUGAGUCUCAAUGAGUUGGAAGCGCUCCGGUAAGUUGUUAGCAGUGGAGAAUUAGGUAAAUAGGCGGAAUAAGACGCGCAAAUUGAUGCUUGUGAUACCGGGACAGUUGAUUUUCAGCAGUGAAGUUGUGAAGUGACACGGCUAACGCUUUAAUUAGUGAAAUACUGGAAGAGAUAUAGGAAGUUUCUGACACUGUGGAUAUAUCCUGCGUCGUAGACUCGAUGCGGUGGACGUGGUCAAGCGCAUGGACUACGCCGAGCUGGACAAACUCAUUGCUUGUUGCAGGCAGCAUCCUCCACAGACGGUUGUUGUGCCAGCGACGCAUGGAGACAUUGUUCCGUUCAAGAAGUUUGCCAAAUACUUGAAAGACCGGCAGCGGGCUGGAGUGGUUAUACUUGUGGACGGGCGUCUCUUGAUUCUGGCGCCGCUAGAGAAGGAUGACUCGCGACUGCGCUGUGUGGUCGUGAAGGCCAAGUCUACUGCGGAGACUUCAAGCGCAUUACCGUCCAAUGUGACGAGAAUACGCGUUGAUGAAGUAGCUUCUGUUCGUCCACCACAAACUCAACCUUCCAUUGCUCUGCCGGAACCAGAAAGUGAGCAACGUCAACGUAGUCGAGUUCGCUCUCACAAGCGCGGCCGUGCGCAGCUAGAAGGUGUACCAGAUACAGCGCGCGACAGCUCCUCGGCUGAAUCAACUCAGAGCAACCAGGUCGAUGCAGCAACUGUACCGAAAGGAAAGGUGGAUAUGCUAUACAGUUUGUCGCGGAUUGAACGGGCAACAACAAUCGCCCAACUCCGGUACGUGAUCAAGAUGUCGUGUCGGUGGCAUAGCAUUUACCUGCUUUUAUUCACGUCUUUAGGCACAAGUAUGAGGAUUUCAACGAGCACUACUACAAUGUAUUACGGGAAUGGAGCAAGUCGGAUCCUGACUGUUGAAUGGCAUGAAAAGGCUAGAACAUUAACAAAGUAAUGUAAUGCAACGAGAGGUCAGUGUGAUAUUCACACACUGUUGGUUACAUUCAUGUGCAAUUCUCCUUUUCUAUCUCAUGGGCAUCGAUG